AUAAUAUUGACAUGAGUUAUAGAGUCCUUGAACAAGGGGCAAAAAUUCAGGGUGGUAUUGGUGAUACAUGGUGACAUUUUGUUGGCACCUCACAAAUAUAGAAGCCUCGGGGACACCUUAAAUAAUGUCUGUCAUUUUGAUCACUUUAUCUGAAGAUAUUCUUGAGAGAGAGAGAGAGAGAAAGAGAGAGAGAGAGAGAGAGAGAGAGAGAGAAGAAAGAAAGAAAAGGAGAGAUGUGAAGGAUCCUGAGAUGGCUGGACUGAUAUAUGAAGAGAGAUUGAAUAGAUGGGGUUUAUAUUCACUGGAGUUUAGAGGCAUGAGAGCUCAUUGACACUUACAAAAUCCUGGAGGAGUGGGAAGAUGUUCUUGAUGGUGGACAUGUCCAGAAGCAGGGAUCAGUCGAAAGAUGCUGGGAAGGAUAUUUGGCAGGAGAUAAGGAGACUUUUUCACCCAGAGUGGAAUUUUCUCCUAUAGAAGACAGAUGAGGUCAAACCAUCAAGGAGGAGGUCAAGGGGUAUGUGAAAAAAUCGAGGAAGGGGACUGAACUUGGGUGAUCAGCUAUAAUGAUAUUCAAAGGGCUGAAUGGCCUCUCUCUGUUAGCACGCUGUCCUCAUUUGCCAGAAGGCCCCUGCCUUGCCCACCAAUCCUGCAGAAUCUCCAGUGAGCCAAUGAAGAGUGCACUGACACCAAGGCACAUAUACCACCUUGAAAGAGGGUUAGGCGGGCAAUUCAGAUGGGCUGCCCACGGGCUUGACCUGAAUGACCACCAGGGCCAGGUGCAGCCCAGUCCCUGAAGCAUGAGCCCAGCUGACUCAUGUCCUCUUCUCUCCACCUAUCCCUGUCCUGGCAGUGUUUAAUGGGACAGGAUACUUUUAAUGCACUUGUCUCAUAAGUGCAAAGGACAGAUAUCUUCAAAGGAUGUUAUCUGUCUGGUUCUUUCUAAUCCAUCUUCCAUAGGUGAAAUAUUUUAAAAACAAGCCAUUCCAGCACACCAAAGCACUUCAUUGUUUCCCACUCCAACUCAAACAGGCGAACUUUUGAAAAAUAUUUUUAUUCCAUGAUGCAACAAGUGUAAACACUUCUAACAUCAUGCUUUUUAUAAGAGUUUAUAAAAAGAGAAUUAUUCUUAAGACCUUCGCCUUGAGCCAGUUCCUGCUGGGAAUGACAUUCCACACAGUUUUUAGGUUGUUAAACUAAUCCUUUUCAGCUCAGCAAACACAAGCGUGGGCUCCUGGGAGGCCACCAUUUCAGUAUUCUACCCAUAGCUAGCUGUCUCUUCCAGAGCACCAAGGGUUCAGGAUGUUUCCUGCAAGGAAUAAAAUGCAAUCUGGGACAUCCCUGGCAGUAUUUCUCCUUUGUGUGACUCUUUUUUGCGCCAGUGAUGUCCUGUCCCAGAGGGGCGAAACGGUGCAUAAACUGGCAGACUGGAAGCUCUGUGCUGAUGAAGAAUGCAGCCAUCCGAUUUCAAUGGCUCGAGCAGUCGCUGAUUUCACCAGUCCAGACUGUAGAUUUAUCAACAUCCGUCAAGGGCAGAUUGUUUAUGUGUACGGAAAACUCGAAGGCAGAGGACACAAUUUUUGGCAAGGCACUGUCCAAGGCGAUUAUUAUGGGUCGCAGUCAACUGUUCUUGGAUUUUUCCCACAGUCAGUGGUGCAGGAGGUCCAACACCUGGCAACGGAUUUGAUUAAUCUACCAACAGUGGACUGGGAUUUCCAUUGUUAAGAGGAUCCUUCCAGAACACCAAACUAAACUGCAUUGAGUCAUUAUGUAGAAUGAGAAGACUAGAAUACCAUGUGAAACAGAGACACCUCUUUUUCCUUUAUUAGGGAGAGAGUAUGUGGUAUGUCAAAUACCAGGUGAACAAGUCGUCUUUGUGGUAACUGCAAGUCUGUUUUUACUGUUGCUUUGCUCUUGCUUGAGUGCUCAGUGGCGGUGCCGGUGCUUUUUUUGUUGUUGGUGGGGGGAGGGCUGGAUUGUUGCCUGCUGCCACUUAGGAGGGAGGGAAGGGACUUUGGGGUUCUAACAUUUAACUGUCGUUCAUUCUUUGGGGACCCUCCUGUUUUUCAUGGAUGGUUGUGAAGAAAAAGCAUUUCAGGAUGUCUAUUGUAUACAUUUCUCUGACAUUGAAUGUACUUUAAACCUUUGGACUGUAACAAUAAUGAAAAAUAAACAGGCAUAUAACUGCUAAGCUGGUCAUUAUUUCUCUAGUUCAUACUCCAAGUGUCUGAAUUCUGGGGGCAUUUAUUGGUGGAACUGAUGUGGAGGGCUAUGUGGCCUUGAAUGUAGUACAGACAAACCCUCAUGCCAUGGUGUCACCUGUUUGCAGCCACCCAGGGAAAAGGUUUUGGAAUUGGUACCUGGAGGUGGUGUGGCAUGGCAGCCAUGCUGGCAUCAGUGCUGCCCUCUAGUACUCAUUUGGUGGAAGACAAGCUGGUUCAGGUUUAUUGUCACAAUGAUCACUAUCCUCUAACCUGGGAUCUACCGUUCACCCCAUGAUCCCAGCCAACAUUCGCUAUACAGGCACUGCCUUUGAGGUCCACUGACCCUUUUGGACAAACGCAUCACAGUGAAAUGAGAUGCUGACACAAAAUACCAUGGAUCAGAAAUCUGAAAGUGCUAGAAAUAGUCAAAUGAGGCAGCAACUUUGAAAAAAUAUAAAUGAAAUGUUUAUAAAUACAAAUUGGAAGUUUGACUGCCGUAAAAACUUGUUUACCUGGCACUCAUAAUCAGCAUGCUUUGGGAACUGUCUUAGCUGUAACGCAACAUGUCCAGCCUCCACAAAGCUUUCACUGUAUUAUAGAAUUGGCUUCAGGGGCACAACUGGGUGAUUGAUUAAUGUUCUUACAGAAAAUGCUGAGGAAUUCAGUAGAUAAGGAAAGGAAUAAACUGCUGUCAUCUUCAAGUCCUGAUGAAGGGUCUUGGCCUGAAACAUCAAGUGUAUAUUCUCUAGAGAUGCUGCCUGACCUGCUGAGUUCCUCCAGAAUUUUGUGUGCGCUACUCUGGACUUCCAGCAUAUGCAGAGUCUUUUGUGUUUAGGAUUAUAGUUGCUGGGUUUUCAAGUGAGGAGGGAAAAAAUAGAAUCCUGAUCCCCUGAACCCCUCCUGAUGAUGGGUUUUGGGCUGAAACGUCAUCAUUACGUCCUCCCAUAGAUGCUGUCUGGCCUGCUGAGUUCUGCCAGCAUUUUGUGUUUUUAUUUUUAGGGAAAAAAUAGAGUUGAUGAUGGUGGUUAACAAAAUAAUCACUGUUAAGACACAUCAGUAAGAUUAUCAGAUGAGUCCUUAUGACCUGAAAUAAAGGAGAGUUGGGAGUGUAGAUCAGAAAACAGCCCAAGGGAGAUUGAAAAAAUUUGAAAGCAAUUUUUGUGAUGAACAGUAAGCACUACACGGCAGCAACGAUGGGAGAUUUCAAAUAUCCUGUUAGCUGGAGUACAGCCAGAGUAAAAGCUACAAAAUCACAUUACAACUGACUUAAAUAACUUGAAAUUUGUUGUUUUUGUAGCAGUAGUAGAACACAAAGAUAUAAAAAUUACAAAAGUAAUGUAAAAUAAUGAGAUAGUGUUCACAGGUUCAUGAUCCGUUCAGAAAUCUGAUGGCUGAGGAAAAAAAGCUGUUCCUGAAUCAUUGAGCAUGGGUCUUCAGUCUCCUUUACCUCCUCUCUGAUGACAGUAACGAGAAGAGGCCACAUGCUGGAUGGUGAGGAUCCUUACCACUGAGGCAUUGCCUCCUGAAGAUGUCAAUAGUGUGGAGGAUUGUGUCUGUGAUGAAGCUGGUUGUCUCUCUGAAACCUCUCUCAAUCCUGUGCACCAGAGUCUCCAUAUCAGGCUGUGACGCAACCAAUCAGGAUGCUCAAAUCUAUGCUUAAACUGCAUUCAGAACUUUUAUUUUUGGCCAAUCUCUAAAAACUUGCAUCUGUGCCACUUCAUAUUCCCCAACAUAAGCAAAAAGAUCUCUCUACCCUGAGCUGUCUUAUCACAGACUAUUGACAAGACUAAUGGAACCUUUCGUUCACCAGUUGUAUUUGUAUAGUAGUGACUUGGGUGGGGGCGGGGAUUGUUUGAUGUAAUUCUUACAGGCUGCCAGGUGGUGGCACAUGUGAGCUGUUAACAGGACCAUAAGACAUUGGAACAGAAUUAGACCAUUUGGCUCAGUGAGUCUGCGCCACCAUUUAACUGCAGCUAAUUUAUUAUCCCUCUCCAGCCCAUUCUCCUGUCUUCUCCACAUAACCCUUGAUGCCCUGAUCAAUCAAGAACCUAUUAACCUCUGUGUGGUAGAAAUGGUUAAAACUAGUGUAUGAUGGGAUACUUGACCACUCUGGAGCAGCUGGACUUAAGACUGCUGACGCGAGUCGAGAAUAACCUUGGCUAAUAAGCGCAGUACCAGGAAUUCCAAUAAACAAGAUACUAAGCCCCUGGGGCCAAGAGGGAGGAUGUGUCUGGGGAUAGAUUAUGAGUCCUGAUAACAGGGAACAAAGAGAACCGUUACACUUACUCUGAGAGAAAAUUGACAUGUCUUUUAAACAAUUGUUCACGUAUUGACUUUGGGAUGCUAAACAAAGUUAUGUGAAGUUGUUUGUCUUCUGUAUAAAUGUGCUCCGUAUAGCCAAAAAAAUCAAGAGUUCUGGUGGCAGUGGAGACUGCUGCAGACUCUUCAUGAUAUCAUGUUAAUAAAUUCUUAAGAUGACACUUGAAGUCACUCUGGUGUUCUUAGUAUUUCCACGACACUCUGCCUUAAAUAAAUAACCUCUGCUCAAUUACUUGGCUCCACAACCGUCCGUGUCAAUAAAUUCUACAGAUUCACCACCCUCUGGCUAAAGAAAUCUUUUUCUCAUCUAAUUAUAAAUGGACAUCCCUCGAUUCUGAGGCUGUGACCUUUGGUCUUAGACUCCUCCACUAUAGGAAACAUCUUCUCAAUAUCCAAUCUAUCUAGGCCUUUCAAUAUUCGAUAGGUUUCAAUGAGAUCUCCCUCCUCCUAAAUUCCAGUGAGUGCAGGCCCAGAGCCAUCAAUCAAAUGCUCCUCAUGUUAAACAUUUCAGUUUUGGCAUCAUUCUCAUUAAUGUACUCUGGAUCCCCUCCAAUGCCAGCACAUCUUUUCUUAGAUAAGGGGCCCAAAGCUGCUCACAGUACUCCAAGUGUGGUCCAUUAUUAAGGACC